GCAGCACCCCUCGCCCGCCCCCGGCGAGCGCCGGCCCGGCUGAGGUUUCCGUGGCGGCGAAGCAAGGGUGCGCCAGGCCCGACGCCCCGCCCCGCCUCGGCGCAGCCCCGCCCGCCGGGCCCGCCGAACCCGCCCUCCCCUCUGCCUGCGCCGCCGCCGCCGCUGCCGCCACUGCCGCGGGGGCGCGGGGGUUGCGGUGGGCGCUGCUCUGGUUCGGCGCGGACGGGAGGCGAGGGGGCCGCGCCAGGCCCGAAGCCGAGGCGGAGCCGGGCCGCCCCCGCCGCGCCCGCCGGCCCUCUCGGGAUGAGGCGCUGAGGCCCAGCAUGGCAGGCCCGGGCCCCACCUUCCCGCUGCAUCGGCUCGUCUGGGCGAACCGGCACCGCGAACUGGAGGCCGCGCUAAACAGCCGCCAGUGACUCCCAACCCUGUUCAUCCCAGUGGCCUUCUUGCCUUGACCUCUCCUUACUUGCCCUGUGCUGAGUGUCUCAUCUCCCCCAGCACGACAUUGAACAGGAAGACCCCCGGGGGCGCACCCCCCUGGAGCUGGCUGUGUCCCUGGGGAACCUGGAGUCCGUGAGAGUCCUCCUUCGACACAAUGCCAACGUGGGCAAAGAGAGCUGCCAGGGCUGGGCAGUCCUGCAGGAGGCAGUCAGCACUGGGGACCCUGAGAUGGUGCAGCUGGUACUCCAGUAUCGGGACUACCAGAGGGCCACGCAGAGGCUGGCUGGCAUUCCGGAAUUGCUCAACAAACUCCGCCAGGCCCCCGAUUUCUACGUGGAGAUGAAGUGGGAGUUCACCAGCUGGGUGCCCCUCGUGUCCAAGAUGUGCCCGAGUGACGUGUAUCGUGUGUGGAAGCGGGGUGAGAACCUGCGGGUGGACACCAGCCUCCUGGGCUUUGAGCACAUGACCUGGCAGCGCGGCCGGAGGAGCUUCAUCUUCAAGGGCCAGGAGGCGGGAGCCUUGGUGAUGGAAGUUGACCACGACCGGCAGCUGGUGCACACGGAGACACUGGGGCUCACGCUGCACGAGCCUGAAGCGCUGCUGGCCACCAUGCGGCCCAGUGAGGAGCAUGUGGCCAGUCGCCUCACCUCUCCCAUCGUCUCCACCCACCUGGACACUCGCAAUGUGGCCUUCGAGAGGAACAAAUGUGGUAUCUGGGGCUGGCGGUCUGAGAAGAUGGAAACCGUUAGCGGCUACGAGGCCAAGGUGUACAGCGCCACCAAUGUGGAGCUGGUGACACGCACACGCACGGAGCACCUCUCCGAUCAGGACAAGUCGAGGAGCAAAGGGGGGAAGACUCCAUUCCAGUCCUUCCUGGGGAUGGCCCAGCAGCACUCCUCCCACAAUGGGGCUCCUGUGCAGCAGGCAGCCAGCCCCACAAACCCCACCGCCAUUUCCCCCGACGAGUACUUUGACCCCAACUUCAGCCUGGAGUCGAGGAACAUCGGCCGCCCCAUUGAGAUGUCCAGCAAAGUACAGAGGUUCAAGGCAACACUGUGGCUGAGCGAGGAGCACCCGCUCUCCCUGGGUGACCAGGUGAUGCCCAUCAUCGACCUGAUGGCCAUCAGCAACGCUCACUUUGCCAAGCUGCGCGACUUCAUCAACCUGCGCCUCCCGCCCGGCUUCCCGGUCAAGAUUGAGAUCCCCCUUUUCCACGUGCUCAACGCCCGCAUCACCUUCAGCAACCUGUGUGGCUGUGACGAGCCCCUGAGCUCGGUGUGGGUGCCAGCGCCCGGCUCUGCCAUCGCAGCUUCAGCGAGCCCCUUCCCCUGUGAGGUGGACCCCGCCGUGUUUGAGGUGCCCGACGGGUACAGCGUGCUGGGCGCAGAGCGUAGCGAGCCCCUUCGCGACGAGGACGACGACCUGCUGCAGUUUGCCAUCCAGCAGAGCCUGCUGGAGGCGGGCACAGAGGCGGAGCAGGUGACUGUCUGGGAAGCCCUGACCAACACCCGGCCUGGUGCCCACCUUCCCCAGGUCACGGCUUACGAGGAGCAGCUUCAGCUGGAGCGCCAUGUCCCAGCCCUUGGCCUCCUCCCCAGCCUUAGCGCUCACGGGUCUGCUCUCCCCUCCCAUGCCUCGCCUGGAAGGGCCCUCCAGGAGAGCCUGCAGAUGUCCAUAGAGCCCAGGGGUCUGGGAUCCCCUCACGGGACGCCCCCGGCCCCCCCGAGCUUUGAGGAGCAGCUUCGCCUGGCCCUGGAGCUGUCCUCGCGGGAGGAGGAGGAGCGGGAGCAGCGGGGGCGGCAGGAGGAGGAGGACUUCCAGCGCGUCCUGCAGCUCUCGCUCACGGAGCACUGAGCCCCCGGCCCUCGGGGGGCCGGCCCGGCCGGGGCUGCGCCUCCACCCACUUUUGUAACUUAUUUAUUUAUAAACACUCUGCUGCGGAGCUUGGGGCCUGGAGCCCUGGGGGUGGGCUUGCAUUGGAGACUGAGAUGGAAAUAAAGAGACCCUCAGCAGCA